AUGGAGGUAGAAAGAAUCGUGAGGACGCAUGUGUCUACAGACGAUCUCACACCCCCCCAAGAGCUUGUACAGGCUAUCAACAAUGGCCAGACUCAACUACUUCAGAUCGUUAAAGCUUUGGGGGAGUAUCUGACAUCUACAGAGGAUGACACUCGACUGAAAGGUCUCACUUUCCUAUCGAAUCUGUUGGGCGUGGUCAACCCCGGGAAGAUCAACCGACAAGCCACAACCGUAUUGACCAACUUCUAUCUGUCAAAGCUGGAUGACUUUGAUUCAUUGCCGCCGGCACUCAGCGGAUUGACAGUGCUUUCAAAGCUUUCGACUUUCGAUGGCAGUGCGGCCGUAGAUGUCUACAAAGGAAUUGUCGAAAAUGUAAACCUCAAGGCGUAUGUGCAAGCCACAAGACAUAUGGUAUACGUACUUUUGGACAGUCUGAUAGGACUGCAUCGCGAAGAGUUCAAGAAGAUGGGAACCGCAUUCAUAAACAGUUAUACAAAGACCGUGGACGGCGAAAAGGAUCCCCGCAAUCUCAUGCUCCUCUUCUCCAUCGACCGAGUGAUCCUUCUGGAAUUCGACGUGCGCGACCAUAUCGAAGACUUUUUCGACGUCACAUUCUGCUACUUUCCCAUUACUUUCCGACCACCUCCUAAUGAUCCAUAUGGUAUCACGGCAGACGACCUGAAGGUUGCGCUUAGAGGGUGCUUGGCCGCCAGUCCGUACUUUGCCAAGAUGGCGCUUCCGCUGUUUUUGGAAAAGUUUGCUACUGCUACGGGGGCUACUAUGAAAGAUCUCCUGCAAUCCAUGGCUGCCUGUUUCCCAACAUACGGUGCUGAAGCUGUCGGUGAACGCGGUAAAGAGCUCUGGGAAGGCAUCAAAACCGAGAUCUUGUACUCUUCCGAUGCUUCCAUCGAAGCUGCUUCUCUGUCGGCGCUGGAAUCACUCAUGAGAACACUUUACCCUACAUCGAGCGAUGUACCCUCAGGAUUGGCGCAGGACAUCAUCAAAGAGUGCCAGAAGAUCCUGGAGGAGCCGGAUAAGAGCCAGGCGAUGGGUGCCACAAAGAUCAUUGCUGCCAUCUUCCGGGGCUCGCCAUCCGCCGGCAAGUUUGCUCUCUCUCAGAUCCUUCCUCAGCUCUUCCGAUCUUUCAACUCUCCAAGCUUACCAUCUCAUCGCGCCCCUAUCCUCUCAUCAAUAUCAUCUAUACUCUACGCUUGCCAAUCGACAUAUUCUUCUUCACAACGCUCUCACGCCGAGGAACAAGUACUGGAGCCGUACAGAAGCGACUUGAUCGAUGUGUUGAGAGAAGGCUUGAGAACUGAAGGGUUGAAAUCACCUGCUAUUAAGGGGUGUGUAGCCUUGGUCGGGCUGGAAGGGUAUUGGAGCCGGUUAGAGGUCGAGGACGUGGUAAGGGGUAUGGACGAUAUCCUCGUGAACGACGAGAAUCCCGAAAUACGCCCCGAAGUCAUCACUGCCCUCACAGCAAUCUCCAGAUCCCACGCUGCCGUCAUCGAAUCCCUCACGCUCCCUCUUUUGUUCCACAACCUCCCCGAAACUGCUCCAUCCGUAGACGAACGGGAGGCCCGAGAACGAUAUCGAUCGAUACUCGGGUCCUUGAGCAAGCUGUGCACCCAGCCGGCACUUUGGCAGACGAUGAUCAUCCGCAUCACCAACAAACUCGACUACCUUGCUUCUGCGCCUUUGCAGAGCAAUACAGACGUCAGUAUGGACGGCUCGGAUGAGGAGAGUGCGAGGGAGUGCGGUAUCGCUUAUGCUUGGGAUCUACUCAACACGCUUCUGCGAGUUAUCGAUACCAAAGUCAAGGAGAAGCAUGUUGAUGUGGGCAAGUAUUACGAGGAGUUGAUGCCGAGGUUGUUGGGUCUUGUGAUGGAAGGGGCACAGGUGAAGGCCGGGGGAGGGGACGCGCUGUUCAAGGAUAGGAGGUUGGUGGAGAUCGUGGGCAAGAUUGGAGAGAGAUUGCUUUGGGACUUGAGCGCUGAGAAACAAGAGAAGCAAUUUGUUUUAAUCCACUCGGCGUUCGAACGGGGUGAGAUCGGUGGCAUUGUCUCGGACAGCAGCAAUGUCCAGAGUCUUAGCCCGCUGAGAACGGGGGCGAGUUCAUCUGAACAAGAUCUCAUAUCAUUGUAUUCCUCCCUUCUACAAGGCCUCAACCCCUCAACCUCUUUACCUUCCAUCACCUCCUCGGCAGAGUAUCUCGGUAGCAAAAUCCAUUGGACUAUCAAUCUCGCAAAAGACAUGUGGCAAGUCAGGUGGGGACUCGAGAUGAUCUGUGCCUAUGUGAACAAGAAGGAAGGGGAUCUGAAAGAGACACUUGAAGUGAUACUGGAGAAAGUCUGGAAUGAAGCGCAGGACACGACACGAGAGUUUGAAAUUAGGCGGAGAGGUCUCCUUGUAUACUUACAUAUAAUAAAAGCGCUUUCCCUCCUCCGCCAGCCCCUUGCCUACACGGCGCUCGAAAAAGUCAUCGAUGUCCUCAGCCUUUUCUCCAUGGACCCCCUCUUCGUCGAAGCAUCCGCCAAGGCGUUCGGUGUCCUCGCCCGAAAAGGCGACGGGCACCUCACCGGCAAGCUCCUCUACGCCCAAAAGCUCUGGAACUUUGUCCUCCCCAAGCUCGUGCAAUGCGACAAGGAGGCGUCCGGGAGAGAACGGAUCGUGUACCUUGUCGCUUUUGCGUCGCUGUUGCCCUUGGUGCCUGCUUCUCUCUGCCUCUCCGACUUGCCUACGAUCCUGCCGUUGAUCCAGCGGUCGUUAUCCCUUGCUUCCCCUACACAGAGGACGAACGCCAUUCUGACGCUCACGUCCAUCCUCGAGACGCCUUCAUCCCCUACCACCGAUUCCCUCAUCCACUCAUCAGCCCCGACUCUUGUCUCAUCCCUGUUAUCUUCCUCCAUCCCUCAAUCAGGUGUACCAACCUCGGCAAGAGUACGAGAAGUGGCUCUGGGAUGCCUGAGUGUAGUGCCAGAAGUGAUCAGGUAUGAAGUGCUGCACAAGGAGAAGGCGGUGGUCGUCAAGGAGCUGGGGAGGGCGGUGGACGAUGCGAGUCGAGAAGUGAGAAAGGAAGCUGUAGAGUGUCGUGCAAAGUGGUAUAGAUACGGGCAGGCUACUUGA